AUGAGGCAAAGUGACAAAAACAAAGAUGCAUACCGCAAGUGUGGAAUGGCUGCAGAAGACUGGCCGGCCGGCAGGCGCGAGUGUGACAAGGUGGGCCGGCCAAUCGCCCCUUCGGCGGAGUCUGUACUCGCGGAGGGUGGCUGCAUGUGGACGGGAAGAGUAUGUACAACGGUCGAGGUGGAGGAUGGCCUUGUCGACGCUGCGCCAGGACAGGACGGACGAGGUGAUAUGAUGACGGGGGCAGCAGUGAAGUCGCCGCGGCGUGGGGCGCAGAAAGCGAGGAAGCGCUGCCGGUGA